AUGCUUAGAGAGUGGAAUAGCGUUGCCGGACAUGACAGGGUGAAAAGGCAAUUGUCUGUUUCUAGCGAUAGUAAAUUGUUAGAUGAUGAUAUUCGAGAAGAAACGAAAGUGAUACUACGGCCGAGAAAACCCCCGAGACCCAAAUCGGAAGUGUUGCUCAAUCAGGGUACUGACCACCGACGAACGAAGAGAUACUCCGCUUUUGGGGGUGAUUCUCCGUUCGGAAAGUCAGAAGCUUAUAUUAAAUUAGAACAAUUAGGUGAAGGUUCAUAUGCAACCGUGUACAAAGGAUUUAGCAAUUUACAAAACCAAGUUGUGGCAUUAAAAGAAAUAAUUCUGCAAGAAGAAGAGGGUGCUCCAUUUACUGCUAUCCGCGAGGCUUCCUUAUUGAAAGAACUGAAACAUGCAAAUAUUGUCACUUUACAUGACAUUGUACAUACCAGACAGACACUAACCUUCGUUUUCGAAUAUGUGCACACCGACCUUUCCCAGUAUCUAGAACGACACAGUGGUGGAUUGGACCCUCGCAAUGUCCGAUUAUUCCUCUUCCAACUAUUACGCGGUCUAUUAUACUGUCACAAAAGACGAGUGCUUCACCGUGACGUCAAACCCCAGAACCUCCUUAUCAGUGAAAUCGGCGAAUUGAAACUAGCCGAUUUCGGCUUAGCGAGAGCCAAAUCAGUACCCAGUCACACUUAUUCACAUGAAGUAGUGACGUUAUGGUACAGACCACCAGAUGUUUUACUGGGAAGUACGGAUUAUUCUACUUCAUUGGAUAUGUGGGGCGUAGGUUGUAUAUUUGUGGAAAUGAUUACCGGUAUGGCCAUAUUUCCCGGAGUCAGGGACACUAUUGAUCAACUAGAUAAGAUAUUUAAAAUACUAGGUACUCCAACAGAAGAAGACUGGCCCGGAGUUAGUCAACUACCGGGAUUUUAUAAAAUCCAUAAAUUGGGGCAACAUAAACCUAGAAAAUUAGGCUUUUGUUGGUCGGCGCUUCACGAUAUCGUACACGGCGAAGCAAUGGCUAGUGGCCUUCUCCAGUUAAAUCCCCAAAAACGAUUAGAUUGUUCAAUAUUUACCGUCGAAGGUGUGCACCUCUACCCAGAACAGUAUUCAUCGGUUAAAUGA